ACGGAGCAACAAGCACGUAAUUAUUAACUAAUCAACGUCGCUCCAUAACGUAUUAUUAAUCAACAGUUGAUAUUCAUGUGGUCGAACUUGGGAAAUGCAGCGCAUCUUGGGGCCUUUGGACGGAGGCGGCAGCGAGGAGGGAGCUCGCCUUCGGAGCCCGGAGGUAGAGGAGCGUCAUGUCAUGGACCUUGGAAUGCUCUCUCCACUUCGACAAACAAUGUGGUUUUCCAGAGAGUAGAUUUGCAUGUGUGUUCCAAGAACACUAGAUAUUCGGGGAAGGGGUAGAAGGUAUAAAGAGGCGGGCGAGUCGCACUCAAAUGGGGAUAAAAUAACAUAUCUAUCACAGAGCUUUAUACCCCUCCUCUGCUCUCACCACAGUGACAGUGUACAACUACUACCUACCGAAUAGCCCACAAUGCCCACCUACCUCCUAACUCUCGCAACCGGCCAACAAGCCCGCCUAACAGCCAAGCACCUCCUCGCCGCCGGCGCCACAGUGCACGCCGUCGUGCGCGACCCAACCUCCCAGGCCGCCCGCAACUUCGCCAGCGCAGGCGUCAAGCUCUUCAAAGGCAACCUAGACGAGCCAGACGUCUUCCGCAAAGCCGCAGAGGGAUGCACUGGCGUCUUCCUAAACCUCGUCCCGGCCUCCCCACCAACACCCUCAGCCACUUCCACCUCUGACCCCGCAAACACGAACCCGAGCGCGAGCAUCGUCGACUCCGAACGACAGCGCGCAGCCUCCAUCCUCGCCGCGUGCCACGACGCCGGCGUGAAAUACGUCGUCGCCUCCACGGCGAUAUACACCGGCGACCGCCACCUGUGGGAUACGCCCGAGGCGGAGGCGAUCGGGUAUCACUAUUCGCGCUCGAAGGCUGGAAUAGAGGACGCGGUACGAAGCUCUGGGUUGAGCGGGGGCUGGACGAUCCUGCGCCCGGGGUGGAUUAUGUCAAAUUACCUGGUGCCGGUGUCGCCCUUUGUGUACCCGGAGCUGCCGGUGGAGGGGCUGUUGAAGCAUAGCUAUGAGAGCGGGGCGGGGUUUGAGCAUGUGGAUGAAGAGGAUGUGGGGAAGUAUGCGGCGGCGGCGCUGUUGGAGCCGGAAAGGUUUGUCGGGAGAGAGAUUACGCUUGCGAGCGGGUGGUUGAGUGUGGAGGAUGUGGCGGCGGAGAUGAGCAGGGUUAGUGGGCGGGAGGUGAAGGUGUCGAAGCGCACGGCGGAGGAGCAGAAGGAGGCUGUGAGAAAGGGGAAUCUGGCGCUCGAGUUUGAACUUUGGGCGAGUCUGGUUGGGGAUAAAGUGCAUGAAGCGCGCUGGAAGGCGAAGGGGUCAAAGCCGCCGGAGGAGGAGUUUGGGAUCCCGUUGACGGGAUUUGAGGAGUAUCUGCAGCGGGAGAAGGAGGUACUUCUUCGGUCUCUUCCAACCGUGUAGCUAUCGCAUGAUUCCUUAACAGCGGCCGCCCGCAAGGAGCUCUGCAGAAUGUUCCCUGUUCCCCCGGUCCAUAGCCAUAGCUUCCUUUGUCCUAUCUAGACAAGACCGGAUGAAACCGAUAUAUGAACCCAAUAUCAAAAAUAAAAAUAAAAAUAAUAAUAAAAAAUAAUAAAAAAUCUCAUGGUUUCACAUGCGCAAAUGUAAAUUAUUAUUAUUAUUAUUAUUAUUAUUAUUAUUUUUUCCCGUUGUACGGAGCACCCACCUGCAUCAAGCGCAUCAAUCAACGUUUCACAUGAGAAUCAUUUUUAGGAAUCAUGAAUAGUUAAGUUAGUUUUUACCUGGGAUAUGAUAUGUAUGGUAUGUAUCGAAUGGCCAAUCAAUCCCCCACCCCACCACACCCCUUAAAAAGCAAGCAACCAUCCCGUCCGUCCCGUCCCCGUUCCACCCCGCCCAAGCAAAUAAAUGAACGGACGAGUAAAUAAAAUAACAACAUUCCUAUCCGACUAAUAGCCUAAUUCCCGCCCUGGUGUCGUAUCUUAUAUAUAUUCCAUCCCAUCUCGUCGCAUCCUCCGACGGUCGUACAAGGGAGCCCCGGCAUCUGUGUGUGUGUUGUUGUUGUUGUUGUUGUUGGGGGCGGGGGGGCAGGGUGUUUGGUAUAAUAAUGAAAUAUUCUCAAGUGCUACAAACCGGGACAAAAGACAGACGGGGGUGAGGAAAAGGUAUCGUAAAGGAAGGUGGGUGGGUGGGUUUCCUUCAUUAUUAUUAUAGUCAGAAUUCGCAUCGUAAAUAAAAUAUUAUUACCUUAGAUGCAAGCAAGGCACAAGACACGAGGCAACCUUGGAAGGAUCUGAUCCUGGAACGGGGAUUUCAAACGCGCAAUUUCCCGCAGAGCUUCUAGAAGCCCGCUUAGCGCGCGGCACUAGCAGGGGAGCGGGGCAGGGCGGCGGCUGUUUAGUGUGUUCGCAUCUUGGUUUGACGAGACGCGGCGGUGGUUGCAUUAUUAUUAUUGGGGGUUUCUUGGGUUUUUAUUUUCUUAUUUCCCCGGACUUUCUUUGCUGACCACGGCUUGGGCCAGAGAGCUGGAGCUGGAGCUGGAGAGAAAUUGCAGGGUUACAUUUUAUUUUAUUUUGAUUUUGGACGGGGAGGUUUAUCCUUUUACUGCGUAUUUGUUCCCGUAGGUAGCCACGGAAGAUGAUUACUACUCCGUUGCUGUUACUUCAGCCAGCUCUCCUCCCGUCUUCCGUCCGCCCUUCCGUCUUCCCCACAACAGCCACAUGGGAAAAAUACAUAAUUGCAGCCCGCUGAUCCUAAGUGAGAUUCUACCGAGCUUCUGCUGAGAUUUUUGUUGGGGUGGCACUGCGAAGCUCCGGGAUAAAAUGGAGUGCUAGCAAGGGCCGACUCCAGAUAUAGCCUAUCAUAUUAGUUAGGUCAACUAACUAAUUACUGCGGACGGAUGGAUAUCUGUCAUGAGUUCCGAAAACGGAGGAAGGAUACAAUCGAUCCGCCUGAGGAUGGGCCUGACAGGUUGGUUAGGCUGUUUGAUUCCGCUGUUCCCCGGCCCAUCUAUCGGAUAGGCAUGGACUUGGGCCUCCUUUUGGGGGUGAAGGGAGAAAAAAAGAAAAGAAAAGAAGAAAAAUAAAAAUAAAAAUAAAAUAAAGAGAGAAAGAAAACACAGGACGGAGUAAGCAGUUGGGAACAGGACACAGGAAAGGCCCAAACGAAAAAAAAAAGAAGACACGUAACUAGAGAAGAGGAACAAGGCAACAACCGAGGACUGACGAGCAGCGCGACGCUGACAAUUAACUAUCAUCCUAGUGAGUUUGGUAAGCUGGUUAAAUAGUUUGGUCUGGUCUUGCUUGUCGGCGUUUGACGGUGGGCUUCAGUUAUUUUAUUUAUUUAUUAUUCUUUUUUAUUAUUGAUUGAUGAUGAGCUGGCACCAAGGUCUCGGGUCAACGGGGCCUCCUUUCAAGCGCCUUCAUCCAACCCUUAAACACAACCAACCAUGGCUGGCAUCCAUUAAUUUAUUAGUAGUUACUGCGUACUGCGUAGUGAGGCGAGACCGGGGCAUCAUCAACUUUUUACCCAAAACAGACCCUUGGAAAACCCUGGUUAAAAAAGGGGAAAAAGAAACAAAGACAAAGGGCGGUCGCGUGGUCCUUUUUCUUUUUUUCUUUUCUUUCUUUCCCCGGAUAUUAGCGAUUGGCAUUUAUUUUUCUCAACUGGCGAUCCGCCAAUGGUCGAAUAAUAAGGCAUGGAUGUAUGCAUGCAGAAUUGGAUCCAACCUGCAGGAGUUGAACAACGAUGAUGCUAUACCAGGUCAUAUCACAUUUUGAUCUGUAUUACGCUGUAACGCCGUCUGGUGUCUGCUGUUGGGGCCACAUUGCUAUUUAAUAUUGGGGGUGGGUUGGUGGGAUACUACUAUCCAAGCAUGGCUGCCAGAACAAAGAGAGAGAGAAAAAUCCAAGGAAAAGGGACAAGACAGACAGAACAGGCAUCCAUCCCAUCCCAUUCUCAGCAGCCCCCCAGGCUAGCUAGUUAACGAAAUCACUGCGCGACAACCUGACUAGACUACUACUAGAGCUACGACCCUGUACUAA